GCUUUUGUGAAAUCAAUAUACAUCUAGAAACAUUAAUGUUUUAAAGUUAUCGAUCAAGACUAUACAGCAGCUCGGAACAUCACUUGGUACUGUUGUUCAGGUUAACAAAAUAGUCCAUGGGCCUCUGAAAAAAACUCUUAAUUCUACUUCUGGGUGAAUAAUAUGACACUUUAAAAGUUCAAUGGUUGCCAAUUGUGUUCUGUUUGAUAUAUGAAACAGCACUACAAUUGAAUGUUUCUGAUGGAUUCAUAUUAAGCAACAUCUCCGUACAAUUAAUCUUUUGUUGUUGUUAUAUAACACCAGACUCAAAGUGAAGGAAAUUUUCCUUGAAUAAGUGCCAUUCCUUCCAUUAUAUCAAUAAACAAUUUUGCUUCCUUGAUUGUAUGGUGUGUUGAUACGUUUGAACAGCGCCACAGAAUCCAUGUUCAGACCGGAUUCCCAUUUACUAAAUGUGUCCUAGCUGAUUAGGUUCUUGAAUAUUUACCCAAGAAAUGUUAUAUAGUCCAUAGUUGUGCUGGCAUAACAUUUCACCGUGCACCGAAAUCUAAUGCAUGAGAUUCAUAGAUUAUUGGGAAAAUGGCAAGAGGAACGGCCCUAAGGCUGCUGCCUCCAUCAUCGGCGGUGUCUGACAGUUGUUGCUGUAACAAAGAAGUAUGAAAGAGAGCAGGAUCACUAACUCAAUCAAUUAAUGUCUAGAUCAUUGUGCUGGAGUGGCUGAUACUCCGAGCUAGAGAAGUAUUAUUGUGAGUGUAUGUAAGAAUGACUGGAGCAUUGGUAUCUGCUCGUGUUUUUGAACAGGAUGCCUAGCAAAGGAAAAUAUGUAGCAGGCAGACAAGUGUCGCGAUGGGAUGCAGAGUCUGACAUAGUAGACAUUCAGUAUCGCCACUUUGACAAGACAGCAUCGUCGGGCCUCGCUGAUUUCUUUUCCGGCAAAAAAGGGAAUGCCCUCAAAGUGCUUCUUCUUGUAGUCUUCUUCUUCACCGGCCUCAUCAUCGGUUACAUUAUCAGAAGAAACAUCCAUGAAAAGUACAUUGCACCCAAACCAGACCCGUCACCAGUGCCUGUUUCUCCUAUUUACCAGGACUAUGAUCCAGCCAUUAGAAAACUGCUGCAAGACGACCUGCAAGAUGUUGUCAAUAUUGAUGAUCAUAUCAGAACAUGGACAGAGAGCAUCGGACUGUCAGCUGUUGGAUCGACUUUAAAGGUUGUGAUGGGCACCCAUGACAUGUGGCAGUAUUUUCCUCUCGAUGGCCUAACCUGGACAAACUACUCAGUACUGCUCUCUUAUCCAUUUCUUCAGAGUCCAAACAGAACAUCUAUAACACUAGAACAGCCAAAUGGUACUGUGUUGUGGAAUGCAAACUUCAGUUUCUCUUCAGAACAUCCAGAACAGAUGCCAUUCAAUGCAUACUCUCCAGAGGCAUCAGUGAAGGGGAAGUUAGUUUUUGCCAAUUUUGGAAGAAAGACAGAUUUCUCUAUGUUAGAUAAGCUAAAUGUCUCUGUCAACAACAGCAUACUACUGAUUAAAUACGGCAAGAUCCAUCCAGCCAACAAGGUAAAACAUGCAGAGGAGAGUGGGGCCCUGGGAGUCAUCCUCUAUCCCGAUCCUCUGGACUAUGCAAACAACAAUACAGAGGCUGUGUACCCCAGCACUUGGUGGCUGCCUGGGUGGGCCAUCCAUUCCCAUCAUGUCAGAUACACACUGAUGGGAGACCCACAAAGUCCGGGUUAUCCCUCACUAGAUGGAGUUUAUCAUCAACCUUAUCCUAAGGAGAACUGUCUCGGAUGCCCCCGUAUUCCAGUUCAGUCUGUAUCAUACAACGAUGCCAGAACUCUAGUCAGGUCAAUGGUUGGUUCCUCUGUCCCGGAUGACUGGAUUGGGGGAUUAGGGGUGUCAUACAAAACAGGACCGGGGCAUUCUAAUGACAGGCUGGUCAAUAUGACAGUAAUACGAAACCUGGUACAAAGAAAAAUUUCAAAUUUAGUUGCAGAAAUAAAGGGAAAGUAUGAAAAAGACAGGUACAUAAUCAUUGGAGCUCACAUUGACUCCUGGAACAGAGGGGGUGUAGACUCAGCCAGUGGCUAUGCCGUGUUGUGGGAACUCCUUCGUACUUUCAGUUUUCACACCAAGAAAGGUUACAGACCAAGGAGAACUCUGAAGUUUGCUUUAUGGGAUGCAUCCAAAUAUGGACACGUGGGAUCCUUUGAGUGGGUUCAGGAAAUGGAAAAAGAAAUUGGACUGGGAGCCAUUGCAUAUAUCAAUUUGGAUACAGUUGUAAGGGGAAACUACACAUUUUUUGCGGAGAGCAGUCCAUUAUUAUUUGACGUGAUUCACAAAGCAGCCAGCACUGUGAAGUGUUCCGAUCCCGAUUACCAGGAUAUGUCAGUUCUGGAGCGAUGGAAUCAAACCUAUCGGGAUCCGGAAAAUCCAUUACAGCCAAAAAUCGAAGCUCUUCAAGGAGACAGUGACCAUUCCCCCUUUUAUUAUUAUCUCGGUGUCCCGUCUUUCUCCCCUGCCUAUAUGUAUAAUCCUAAGAAAUACCCAAAUUUACCCAACUAUCCAGCAUACAACACAUUGGAGGAUACAAAAGAUUAUCUGACAAAUUUCACAGACAGGAACAACUAUACCUUACAUAUCAAAGUCACACAAAUCGUAGCAGAUGCCAUUAUACGACUGAGUGAUUCUGCAGUGAUUCCCUACAGUAUUCAAAAUAUAGCAGAUGUGCUUGUUAAUGGCAAAAAUAUUGUAAAACUGUUAAAUUCAUCACAUGUGAGUUCAGAUUUCCUUUUUUCUGAAAUUGACAACUUUUCAAAACAUGCCAGAUUAUUGCAGACAGAGUUAACACACCUGGAUAAAGACAAGCUAAAUGAAGAAGUAUUGUAUGAGAUCAACGACAAACUGAUACAGUUGCCAAGAAUCUUCAUCGUCAGCGCAGGGCUUCCAAAUUUUACCCAAUAUAGAAAUAUGCUCAUAGCACCACAUCCGGAAAAUUUGUACCAGACUCAAGUAUUUCCAGGAAUUGUCUGGGGAUAUAAUAAUGGUCAAUUAUCAGGGGAUUGGUCCGAUAUGCAAAUCCAGCAGUCUUCAUUAGCUGUGGCUAUCAGGCAGGCCAGUAGAAACUUGCAGUCUAUUCUGACAGUUCUACACAGUCUGCAAUAGCAAGCAUUUUUUUUUUCAGGAACAGUUUUUGAUUUAAAUGAAUUUCCAAUGCCCAAAGUCAAAAAACAGAUGGAAAUAUAUACAUGUAUUGCAUUUAUUUGGUUAUAGAAUAUUUGUGCUUUUGUUCUUUUUGUUUUGUGUGUUUAAUUCAUAAUGUCACACAAAACGAACAUUGCUGAAUUCAUUUCAAUAAAAUGUCUCAAUUAGCUAUUUUUUUUUAUAGAAUUAUGAAUCUUAGUAUAUUUCUAGAGUAUUUGCUAUUGCUGUUUGCUUUUGUCCUGUUAGUUUUAUCUGAAUAAUUAUGUCAUACUUUUUAAAAUGAAGAAUAAGUUGUUAUUCAUUUUGAUCAAAUUUUUCAGUUGGUGAAAGAAUUUCUUUUUCUCAAAGUCUUUGUUUUUUUUUUUUUAAGAUAUUUUUGAUAAUUUUGCAACUUUGAACAGUAGAGUAAACAAUUUAUAAAUUAUGUUUUAUGAUAAACAAUGAUAUAUAAAUCAGUUUUGAAUUUUGUACACAAACUGUCUGUAAUGUGGGCUCUUCAACGGUUCAGUCAGCAGAUUGACACCUGUAACAAAACUCAGAGGGCUCUGUUUUCUGUUCAUCGAAUCUCUGAUCUUUUUUUUUCCCAUCUUUUUUUUUUUUUUUUUUUUUUUUUUUUUUAAAUAUUUUGAAAAUGUUGUUCAUCUUGUGUUUACAAAUUACUAUGCACUGGAUUGUGCUCUAUAUCAACUUGCCAUUCAGUAUUUCCUAACUGCUUACAACGUUAUGAUCAAACUUCCUAGCCAUUAGAUCAUUCUGUGGUUUUUUUUAUGCUGUUCAUUCAGUGUUUGCUCAUUUAGAUAGGGAAGUAGAGUGUUUCAGGGACAGCUAAUGCUUUGAUGUUUACAGUGUCAACUUUUUUUGAAUUUUAUCUUUGACUGUGAAAAAUUAUUUUUUAAUUAGUAAAUAUAACACACUAGCUGCAAUAAUGUAGCCCUCUCCCGAUCGAUUAAUAUUUUUUUCUUGGGGGGGGGGGGGGGGGGAGUAAUAUAAAACAUCAGAUAUAACAAAUCGGAGAGGGCUACAUUAUUGCAGCUAAUAACACACAUACGUACAUAAACAUCACGCAUACGUAAAUAAACAUCACACGUACAUAAUCAUCAGCCUAACAUUUUCUUUUUGUGUUUGAUACAUGUAUGUGUUUUGAAUGAGUUGUCCUUGUGUCUUUUAUCUUUAUUUAUAAUUGGUCACAUUUUGACAAUUUUUUUUUUUUACCUACAGCUUGUUUUGCUGAAUAAUUAUUUACAAUGGUUGUGCUAUACAGAUUGAUAUCAAUCUCCUUAGAUUCUCUCCAAGUAUAUGUACUUAUUUGUUUACUUUUUUUCUCCAGAAUUAACACUUGAGUCAUGAUAACUUAUUUUUUUUUUGGUAGAAUAUAGCAUAAAUGUAUAUUUGAUGUGUUCACUAGUAUGUGCUUUCCAUACCAAACAUGCAAUCACGCUGAUCUUUUUUCGGUGUCAGGGUCAGAUCUGAGGUUGUACUUGUGCUUUCCAUACCACACAUGCAUACUUAACUCUUUUAUUUCCUUUGCCAGGGUUAAUAUAUUAAUUGUGGCUGUACUUUAACAAAUUGGCCACCAUGCUCGUCUAUCUAAUAUUUUUCGGUGUUUUUACACCACAAAGAGUCAUUUAUGAUUGAUUUGCAAUUGAUUGCUGUCAAAAAGUUUUGGUGUAGGGUUUGUGUUAUAAUUAUGAAUAAUUAAUAACGUUUAUCAAUCAUUUGAACAAUGAGAGAGAAAAAAACCCUGGCUAAAUCAUGUAGAUUUGUGAACUAUUACCUUUUUUUUGUUGAAGUUUUGUUUAGAGUUAUUUUAGUUAUAUAAACCCUUUAUACAUUCCCAUCUUGUUUUUCUAGAACUACAUGUUCAGUACUGGUCAACUACAACCAAAGUUGGCAGAAAGCAUGCAUUUAUGAAAAAAAGAUUUUCACUUUUUACAAUACCCCUGCAAAUACCGGUAAAUAUGGUGUGUUUUUUUGGAGGAGAAGUAAUUGAAAAUAGCUAGGUGGCUGGUAAUAUCAAAAUUUUUGAUUUUGCUUUGUUAGUAUUGUUUUCAGUAGCCAAAACCUUGCAGUUGUCUUCCUUGAUACAAUAUUUGCAAAAAAUAUCUUGAGUCUCAUAUUUUGAGAUAACUAUUAAAUACAUAAUAAAGAUCAAUUCUGUUUUUGAUUUGAAGGUUGUGUGCAGAUUGAAUAUUUUGAGUUCAUCUAUUUUUUUUUUGUUUUGUUGAAAACCAUUUCCAAAUAUUUGAUUUAUAAGUGGAUAUCUUUUGAUUUCCAUAAAUUCUAUCAUGAUGUGUUUUUGUGCAUAAUUCAAUAAAAAUGUAAAAAUUAA